AUGUCUGCCGUACUCGGAAUUACGUUUGGAAAUACUUCAUCUUCGAUUGCCGUUGCUUCGCAAGAUGGUAAGGUUGACGUUAUUGCAAAUCCAGAUGGUGACCGUUCGAUUCCUUCAGUUAUAUCAUUUGUUGGAACCGAUGAAUAUUUCGGCACCCAGGCUCAAUCACAAUUAGUUAGAAAUGCUAAAAACACUAUUAUCAAUUUUAGAGACUAUGUGGGAAAGAAGUUCAGCGAUACAGAUGUCUCAGCAUCAAAAUCUGGUGCCAAGGCUGUUGAAGCAAAGAACGGGCAGGUUGGAUUCGAAAUUACAAAAAAUGGAGAUAAGACAGAGAUUAUUUCUGUAUCUGACAUCUCAAGGACCCAUUUGAAGCACUUGAGGUUAGCUGCUGAAGAUUACAGUGGUAAAACUAUUGAAGGUGUGGUCUUGACAGUACCGACAGAUUUUAAUAAUGAACAAAAAGAAGAAUUAAUUAAAGUCGCAAAGAGUGCAGGUUUAAAGGUAUUGCAGUUGAUAAAUGAACCUUCUGCUGCAUUGAUGGCUCAUUUAUCAGCUCAGCCUGAUCGUUUAAUGGAAGAUAAAAUUUUCGUAGUCGCAGAUUUCGGUGGUAUCAGAUCGGACGCUGCUGUUAUUGCAGUCAGAGGAGGGAUUUUGACGAUCCUUUCGACUGCUCAUAAACACGGGUUAGGAGGUGAUGAGCUCGAUGAUGCCUUGUCGGAAUAUUUUGCAAAGGAGUUCGAAAAGAAAUAUAAAGCUAAUCCAAGAUCAAAUGCCAGAUCUUUGGCUAAAUUAAAGGCUGAAUCAAUUGUUGUGAAAAAGACGUUAUCUAACGUACAAACUUCUACCUGCUCCAUUGAAUCUUUGGCUGAAGGUAUUGAUUUUCAUACUUCCAUCAACAGAUUGAGAUACGAAUUGACUGCAAGAAAUGUAUUUACUGAGAUGACAAGGUUUGUUGAAAGCGUAGUUAGCAAAGCUGGGUUAGACACUUUGGAUAUUGAUGAGGUACUUUUAGUAGGUGGAACUUCGCAUACCCCCAAGUUGGCAGCCAACUUUUCGGCUAUAUUCCCUGAAACAACCAAUAUUAUUGCACCGGCGUUAGACCCAAAGGCAUUAAAUCCUUCUGAGUUGGUGUGUAGAGGGGCUGCAUUGCAAGCAUCGUUGAUUCAAUCAUUCGAUGAAUCUGAGAUUAAAGAAUCCUUGUCACCUAUCGUGGUAAACACUCAACAUUUAUCUGCUCCGAUUGGUAUCAAAGAUGUAAACGGGAAAUUUCAAACAUUAUUAGCCACGGAAACAGCUUAUCCUAUCAAGAGAUCAAUCCAAGUCUCCAAUGGUGAAUCACCUGCAGUCCUGGUUUCUUUAUAUGAAGGUGAGAGAACCAUUCAUGAAACUGUCAUUGAGUCAGAAAAGUAUUCUGAUGAUGAGGAAGAUGAUCUUUCGGAAGAAGAGCCUGAAGUUGUCAAGAAAGUUGUUUAUGUUCCGGGCAAAUUAUUGGCUGAAUUAUCUUUAAAAGAUUUGAAGCCUAAUUCUAAGUUAGAUAUUACUGUCAACAUUACGCAUGAUGGCGUAUUGCAUUUUUCAGGAAGAGAAUUGAAGCAAGGAUCUGUCGCUGUGAAAGGUGAAGUGCUUCCUACUCAAUAA